AUGGGUGUUAGCAAAGGCCGCGAAACACCUGCCGUGGACAACUGGACAUGCAUUCUCAUCUGCCUGGCCACGUCUAUGGCCAAUUACCAGUAUGGCUAUGACACGGUGACGAUUGGCGGGUUUCAGGCUAUGGUGGGAUUUCUCAAAGUGUACGGAUACAAGGACGAGACGAGUCGACUUGGUUGGAACAUUGGUACAGUACUGCAGCAACUAAUCAGCUCGUUCCUGAAUAUCGGGACCAUCAUUGAGGUACUUCUCACGGCUAUGUGGGGGAAGCGCUUCGGGAGGAGGCCAUCGAUAUGGCUCGCGUCUCUGAUAACAUGUGUUGCGGCGGGUGUCCAGGUGGGGACGACUAAUCUUGUCGGACUUUACUUUGGACGCAUCCUCAUAGGGGUUUCCAACGGGUUUUACGUUACCUUUGCCAACGCGUACACGACCGAAGUCAGGCCGGCCCAUCUCCGCGGCGCCAUUGUGUCCUUUUUCAGCAUAUGGGUUACUCUUGGUAGUCUGCUGGGGGCUGUCGCCAAUAACUUCUCGAAAGACCUCACGAGCAAGCUCUCCUACCAGAUCCCCCUGGCAGGUCUCUUUGUCAUCCCAGUCUUCCUGUCCACGGCAGUUUUCUUUGUACCAGAAUUCUCCUCGGUGGCUUCUGGUGCAGAAUAG